ACUUCUCAGCCAGUCAUCACCCGGCCAGCGAAGGAUGUGGAUGCGUGACGCUCGCUCCGUCCGCCGUGCUCUCUCUGGCCACCGGGCUCGCUGAUCCUUCCUCCCACGCGCGUGUUCUUCGGGUGUCGCUAUCAGGGUUUCAAAAUCAUAUUUGUGCCACUAGUUACGCAAACUGAAGACCAGGAUUAAUGUCGGGAACAAGCUGAUAGUGUCGGAAACGAGUGCUUCAACAAGUGGCUUAUUGAAGGCUUUUGAUCAUCACUGUGUCCUCAUCAGCCAUGGGCGGGACCUGUACCUCCAGUUCCUUUCUGCCGCUACUUCUGGCCACCCUCAGCAUCACGCACGAUCUGAGCCGCGGCCUGCGCAUCACCAAGGUGGAAGUGCCGAGCCCCGUGGUGGUGGGGGAAGGUGGGUGGCUGGUGUGUGAGUUCGCUGAGGAUGGUCAGAGUGUUUACGCCCUCAAGUGGUACCUGGGACUGGACGAGUUCUACCGCUGGACGCCUGCCGAGAGCCCCCCAGUGAAGACCUUCCCGGUAGACGGCAACCCACUUCGGGUGGACAAAAACGCCUCCAGUCGCGGCCGAGUCAAGAUUCAUGAUGUGAGGCUCGGGGCUGCUGGCGUGUUUCGCUGCGAGGUGUCCGGCGAGGCCCCGCACUUCCACACCGAGUCAGGCGUGUCAGAGAUGAAGGUCGUUGACCUGCCUGACAAGAAGCCGCUGAUCACCGGGGUGCAGGGCAGCUACCAGAUGCACGAGGACGUGAUCGUGAACUGCUCGUCGCCACGUUCCCUGCCACCCGCUACUCUCACCUUCUAUGUCAACGAUGAACAGGCCGAUCCAUCAUGGGUGAUGCAGUAUCCGACUUACGAAGACCCCGAAAGUGGCCUGGAGACAUCAAUACUGGGUUUGCGGUUCCCCUUGCGGCCGAGGCUACUUCGGGGGGGCAUAGCUGAGGUCAAGUGCACCGCUUCCAUUCUCAACAAGUACUGGGAGAGCAGUGUGGUGUCCGUGUAUAGUGACAUGCCCUAUCAUGCUUCAAUCAUGGAGGGACGCGCCGCCACGGGCACAGGGUGUUUGGCGGCAAUCUCCAGUACGAUCACCCCCAUGUUGCUGGUGUUACUCCUGCUGCUGCUGCGCUAGACACUCCUGUGCCCAGUUACCGGGAAGCCCUGGAUCCUAUCGUUCGCCAAGGGUGUGUGCUGCUUUAGUUGGAUGGAAGCUUCUCCUACACUAAUUUAUAUCCACACCGAAAUAUAUUGCGCGUGCUUAGGAAAGACGAUCGUGUUUCCUCGACGAGUGAGGUCUGCUCAGCGUGUCGAGAACGCUUUGAUUCUAGUAUGGCAACGCGUCAGAGCACGAGAUAUUUGAUCUGCUCUCUGCUUCUAAUUCAAGUGUUUCCAAAAAUUAUGAAGUCCAGACCUACUGAAUGCUGUGACAAACAUCGAUCGCUGUGUUGUGUCGCAAUGUGAAAACGCUCCCUAGUCAGGCUUAUAGUGCAGCAGGAGCAUCUGUGUUCGGUGUUGAGGUGGGGCCGUGUGCGUUCUCACAGACUUGUGCCUCAGGACACAGUGGUCGAGAUGAGACACCCCAGGGACGCUGUGGAAGAUGCGCUGUGCUGAAGGUGUUUUCUGUGCUGGAAAUUUUAGCAUAAAUGUAUUGUCGCCAUAGGUUAUAUUAUUCUCUCUAAAGUCAACCUUUCGGUUCCCAUGGUAUGUGCGAGUCUGUGGCGUGCUGUAAAUAUGUAGUGGAUUUCUGAAAAAAAAACCUAAUAAAGAGCGUGGUUAUGAGGGCCGCAACUACGCCAGCCCUUACGGUGUGAGGAAGGAAGACUAACAUUUCCUCAAGACAUACUACCAGCAUGAGGACCGGUGCGGUGAGUGACGGGCAGCACCAGCGGGGUAUGAUUGGGGGACCCGCCUACUUCUUCACGUCAUCAUUAAAAUGGACGCCCUGAAAAUAAUGAGCUGUUUCACGAUUUCUGUGGGUUUUUGAUAUAUUGGAAGAUCCAUCACUAGUUAUCAUGCUUUGAAAGGAAUCGUCUUUUAUCAUGUGCAUUAAUUCAGUAAGCCAUUAAUUAUUAACAACACGGUAACAAAAUAAGGAGAGCCACUAACAAGGCUAUUCUAAGUGACCAUCCUGCGGCGCCUCAAGGCCUGUUAGUGCAUCCGGACGCCGCCACCAUGCUUCUCGCACCUGCAGGGUCAUUCCUCAGUCCACGAGAAGAAAAGACUGAUGUGAGUGGCCAAACAAGAUGGAGGUGGGGCCCUUCUCACAUUGCAGGUUAUGCGAACGCACGCCAGGAACACAGUACAUCUGCUGCGCGGGAACAACAGUAAGUCAUGUCGGGUCCAUUUAUUAGAAUCCUGGAGUUGUUAGUGAUGUCAAUUUUGUUACAUUAAUAGGUAUGGAGAGAGAAAAAAAGCUUACUUGUAUUCCAAUUUUUCGUUUUGAUGCACAGGUGAGAAUAUGAAAAUGAUGAAUGAGUUGCAGUGUUUUUUAUUCAAAACAACAAUCUGAAAUUGAAAUAGUACUUUUGUGUUAAAAUAAAUAAACGCAGAAACAUGUUGAGGGUGCUAGAUUCCGUACCCUUUUUUUUCACAGCCGAUGCAGAUCAGCUUUGGAUGAAAGAGGCUUUGUGGUGAUGCGUGAUUAUUUAAUUUUGAGCACCAGUGUGCCAGCAUGAAUGUUGCCGGGACGCGUUUGAUCUUGCGCGGAUGAAUUUGACUUGUAUUUAUUGAAUUGCCCCGUGGACCUCCAUUACCUUUAACGUACGCCUGUGUGUGUGUGUGUGUGUAAGAGAGAGAGAGAGAGAGAGAGAGAGAGAGAGACUCAUCAUUAUCAGAACAUGUCAUUACUUGUAUUUAUUUUCUACCUUUAGAUAUUAUCAAAAUAGAAUCACGUGAUGAAAAUGUAUUCAGUAUUUUAUUUAUCAUUUAUGCAUACUUUUACAAAGGAUAAAAUGUAAUUGUAAUACUUUGGAAUGUCUUCAGUUGCAAGACUAGACGAAGGGUUUAUACCACCAAAGAUUAAGAGAUAAAAUUAAGAGCCAAUGCAUAAUUUUUAUAUGUAAAUGUUUUCAUCAUUGCUCGGUUGUGUGGCCUUGUAAGCUAAAGAGAGAGAAAAAAGUGUGGUAUUGUUCUGCGUUUAGAUUAUUUUAGAUUGUCCUCAAAAAAAUAUUCAGUAACAAAUACUAUCUUAAUUAUCUUUAAAUUGUGAACAAUUAAUUACUGUCUUAUGUAUAUCAUGAUAUAGAUUAUUGAAAGGAUGCCCGGGAGUCCAAACACAGAAUGUGAAUGCAAACAUGUCCGAGUUCUUGGCCGCGUGAGUAGUGCGCGGUCCUCACCAGAAUGUGCUGUACAGACAGGGUCGUCAGAGCUUUCUUCUUUUGAUCUUUCUUUUCAUUCACAUAUGAGCGGAUUAAGCGAUUACUUUUAUUGAACGACUUCAGUUCAUAAAUCCACGAAAUGGAAACACGUGGGUAGAGCAGCAUCGCUCAGACCGUACGUUACUUGGGUCUGCUUGCAGUCGGUGAAGAGGAUUAGUAAAUUGUUGGUGUGUCACCUGCCAGCACGUCACUCCUGGUAUUGCAACUCCUUGUGUAAUUGUCGGUAUUUAAUUGUUUUAAGUGAUGAUCACACAUACUGUUUUCCAUCGCUCUGAAAGGCAAGUUCCGGGUUUUUCUUUGUCAACACGAUGGCAGCUCGUCAAACCGAACUUAAACAUGGAUCUUUUUUGCCAGAUACUCUGCAUACAUCAUUCCAUUUCCUCGUUACUUCGUCCGAUGGUGUUCUGGCGUUACAU